AUGAAAAACAAAGAAAGCAACUCCAAUUCAAUCGCGAACCACUCAAGAGACUUGAUCAGUGAGGAUUUGUUAAAAUCCUUUGCUCCUAUUCGUUGUUGUCAAUAUGUAGUUGGUUCUUGCCGAGUCGAUUGCAGAAACAGAUUCGUGACUACACCGACGUUGUAUCAAAGAUUAUAUACAAUUUUACUUUCAUGCUUUGUACUUAUUGUACACUGCAUAUUGAUAAACUUUUUUUACAUCCAAUUUAAGGAUUAUAGAGAUAUAUUUUUCCUAUGCACUUCUAUAGCAACGUUUCAAACGCUUCUGCAUUUUGUUUACAUUGUGGGUGCAAGGUUUUUAAAUAACAAGAAACAUAAAGAAUUAUACAUAAAAAUGGAACAGCUAGAUAACCUCAUCAUAGACAAUACUGAUAAAAAUCUUUAUAACUGUAUUUAUAAGUUAAAUAUAGCAACAGUCUCUAUAACGCUGUUCGCGUUUCUAUUAGUUUUUAUAACAAGUUUUGACAGAUUGAAGAAAGUGAUCUGUAUAACUGGAAUAAUAUAUACUGAUGUAACAUUUUUACUCGAGACAAGUCAUUACUCUAAUCUCAUGGUAUACUUUGCAAUGCACUUGCGUAUCCUAAAUAGGAUAUUGAAGAACCAUUUGAAUAAAGAGUAUCAAGAAGAUACCAUUGACCUUACAAUACCGUCUCAUAAUGGUUACUUUGUGAAAAUACUAUUCAAACAAAUUGAAACUAAAAACUUAGAUUUAAAGUCAUUCGAAGUUCAGGCGUAUUUGAAGAAACUAUUGAAUGUGUUUUCGCACUAUCAGAAUAUUUAUAUGUUUCAGAUGCUACUGUUUUGCAGCAAGCUCGUUAUAUAUGGUGUACAAUCGUUCCAAUUUAUGAUCUUACUGGUACAACAUAACAUCGUGGAUAUUCUAAUAUACAUGGACCUACUAUUCACAGCAAUUGUGUAUGCAGCUACUAUAAUAUUUCUUUGUCUUCGAUGUGAACUAUUUUGCAACGAGUUAAAACUAACCAAACAACUGUCAAUUUCCAUAAUGGCGUACUGUAGUCAAGGAUCAAUCAGAAAUAAAGCAAAGAAAAUAUAUAAAAUAUUAGAAGAAAUUCCACCCACAUUCUCAGUGUAUGAUAUGUGGGAAAUGAACGCACGUCUUUUAGUAAAAUUUGGUACGCUUUUUACCGGGAUGUUUGUUAUAUUGAUUCAAUUUGCAAUUCUCUAAUGUACAGUUAAUGAAGUAUCAAUAUUCUUUCUUUUUUAUUCGUUACUCGCUAGUGCCUAUAUAUA